CAGACACCAUGGCUACCACGACAGCUGCUGCUGAGGCACCAGGGAGUGUCACCAAACGCCUGAGCAAUGAACUUAUGACUCUGAUGAUGUCUUCAUCACCAGGAAUUUCUGCUUUCCCGAAAUCCGACUCCAACUUGUUCGACUGGGCUGGAACAAUAGAGGGUCCAACAGGAACUAUCUAUGAGGGGCUCGCUUUCCGCAUGUCUAUUUCAUUCCCAAGCAACUAUCCAUACGCGGCCCCGACCAUCAAGUUUGACACCCCGUGCUAUCAUCCAAAUGUAGAUCUCGCGACCGGUGCAAUCUGUCUAGACAUUCUUCAAGACAAAUGGUCAGCCGUGUACAGCGUUCAGACCGUCCUUCUUUCCCUCCAGUCUUUGCUCGGUGAACCGAACAAUGCUUCGCCACUGAACACUGAUGCUGCCAACACGUGGAGCUCUCCUAAAGAGUACAAGGAGCGGCUGAUGAAGAACUACCGGCCACUCAAUGAUGAUAAACCCCCAGCUGGUAAAAAGAUCUAAAUUCAUCUUGUAUGGUUUCCGGGUUCUUGCUUUGAGGGACUUUUAUUUCCGCUGGGUACACAGAUACUACAUAGCACGCGGUAGCACUUACAGGAUGUAUGGUUAUAUGAUCUGGUUGUUAUAGUCCACGUCGAACACACAUGCUAUGACGAUAGCUUGAAUGCGAG